AUGGCUUCUCGUGGAUGUUGGAAACCGCAAUUACCUCGUACUGAGGUUGCUCAGAAAUAUGGCCAUCUCCCUUUGCCAAUUAUUAAAGAUGCAAUCCCUUUAAAGAGUGGUCUCACUCCGAUGAUUUUGAAUCCACAUGCUACUGAUUCCGAAAUUAAAUUCGCCGAUGAUGUGCGCUUUAUACAGAGACGUCUCUAUUCGACUGCGGAGUUGGAGAGAGUAGAAGCUUUGGCUCCGCUCUACAACACAUACAAAGACGAAACUGUGCUUAACGUCAGUGCUGAUAUUGCCAUCCAUCCUGUAAUGCAAAGAAAAAAGUGGAAUUUCCCUCUGCCGAAACAAGCUGCGGAAUUCCCCCUUGGGAAGCAGCUGGAUGGAUACUGGAAUGCUUAUACAAAUGAUAUUGUGUGGGAAGCCUUGCUUCCCUCUCUAAGAAUCGCCAGCUUGUAUUUCUCGAAUAUCGAUAUGUGGCCAUGGCAUGAUGGUCUGUUUGCCUCAAAAUGGACUGAGAUUCCGCAAAAUGAGAUCCCAAGGAUGCACUUUGGACGAAGAGAUUACAGACGAUUUAUUACCAGACAUCCUCUUGUAUAUGGAAGUGAAGAGGCCAGAAGAAAUGUCCGAAACAAAUUACUCGACUUUUCGAAAAACAUAUAUUUCUCUCUUACCAGUUGUUUUACCGAUACAACAAGUGGUGUUAAGCUAUUCGAUGCAAGACUGGGAAGUAUUGCUGGCUCAACGAUAGCAAGUUUGAUCGACAGUAUUUGUGUUAUAAAUCUCGAUUUCCGUUCCAUUUCGGCCUUGCUUCCUGGAACAGUGGAAAAAUUAAAUGUUGCAGAGAAACGUCUGAUUCAUUGUGACUUUGCAAUCACUAUCAUACAUGAGCUUGCUUUAUUUGGUGGAAUUACAGCUGGCCUUCGUGGUCCUAGUGGAGAGGGAAAGCUAGCUCAUCUAGACGCAGGAGGUAUGGCCUACGCUAGAUACUCAAGAAUCGUCGGUUCGCAAUUUGAAAUGGAAAGCAACGGUGAAAUUCCCCUAGCGAGCAGGCAUUCAUUCGUCGAGUUUGAGGGGAUACCAGACAAGAAACGACAUGCCGAAUCUAGUAUGGAUAGAUUAGAGUCACAGGGCCCUCACAAACGUCGGAGAGUAGAACACGCCAUUGUGCGAGAGGCUGUAUGUCGACAACCACAGCGAAGCCUGGAGGAAGAAUUAGGAGUUGACGACGAGGAGACUGUCGAUCCCGAAGAUGAAGAUCAGGAAUUACCUCCUUGUCCUCGGUUUCACGAAAUAAGCAAGUAUUUGAUUGAAAAUCGUCGACAAUUGGCCCUUCACACAAUGUGUUUCGCGAUGCCUGAGCAUACCUUGCGUGAUUAUAUUCGACGACUUGGUGGACUGAAAAUCAGUGCCCAAGAAUGGCGCGCAUUCGAGUCAGAGGAUUCUGGUGACUUCUCGACUUAUCGUGGAUCUAUCCAACUUCAUGCCUCGAGCUGGCCACGGACGGAUCUCACACCAUUGAGGCCAAAACGUGAAAAGUUUGAAAAGGCCAAACGGAAUGCAUUUGCAUUCAUUCUCGCUGUCCACCUUCUCAGUGAGUCUCAAGUCGGGAGCAGGGAUAUAAUGUGGCCUAUGACUACCUUUUGGGAUUUCAGCGCUGAAAGGUUUCUUACUCUUUUCAAUGCCGAUGUCAAAAAUAAGGAUGGAGACAUGAGCAAGCUUGGGUUGGGUCUGAUGUCCAAACAAGAACUUGAGGAUAUGCUAUGGCAUGUGGCAUCUACUUCACCAUUCCUUACUUGGGCUCCAGAAGGUAUCAUACGACGUUUACCACUAACCACUCCGGAAUUUAUGGAAAUCCGCGGUGGUGAGGCAACAUGGGACGAAUGGGACAACACGAAGAUGGAAACGGAUCUAGAAGUGCUAGAAGAAGACACUGGAAUCACAUAUACCGACGGCCGCGUCUGCAGUUACCUAGAAUACCGGGAACAGCAAAGCAUCAAGGAAAAGGAGAAUGCGCCACCAGGGCCACCACCAACAGAAGAGGAGUUGGAGUACAUGGAGGAAGAGAAAAAACUCCAGGAGCUCAUCAAAUCGGUAGACGCGUACAAUAAAAAAUUCCCAAACGUAAAGCAACGAGAGGUUUUUGAUAAUGCCCUUUGGCUGCUUUGGACGGUGAAUAAUCCGGGGAAAUCGGUCGAUGAGGGCUUUGAGGAAUAUAAGGAUUGUUGUUCUACGCCUGGCAAUAUAGUCCCGUCUGAGAACGUGAUGGAAAUACUGGCGAAGAAUAUGAAUUGUGAUACGCAAUGA